AAGUAGCCGUGAAUGGUAGUGCUUCCGAAUCGCGUCGCUUCCGCCAAGUGUUUUCCCUGCUCAGAGUGCCUCAGCCGGGAAAUUGUGGCCAUCAUUUGAGUGUAAAAAGUCCAGUGGACUGAGGAAAAACGCGCAUUUUGGAGGAGUGUUGGCAGAGUGACGAGGGUGAGAAUGCUGUGAAGAGGAGCUUUUUCUUCUUUCGGCAUCACGACAGUGUUGGAGAGUAAAUAGAAAGGAAAAAAAAUCCAUCAAAGUCCUCAAUCGCGGUGGGAGAGUGUGAGUGACGGCGAGAGACCCUUUCGCAUGUUAAUGACUUCAGGACAAUGGGAUGUCCGCGCACUGGAGGCCCUGGAGCGAGAGGCGUCAGAUCUAUUUGAUGUCCUCGAUGUGCCAGAGCGCCUCCGGCCGCCGCCGGCCAAGACCGCCGUGAUGGAUUUGGAGCUGCAGGAUCACAUCAAGCACUGCUCCUGCUCCUGCAACCACAUGGGCUACGGCAACUACAUGGACUACCAGCAAACCUCCUGCUUCGGCGGUCUGCCCGACGUCACGGAGCACACGCACAGCAAUCGGACGUCCACGCACAAGGAGCUCAGCUCCAGCACCGAGUCCCUGGCCGUCAACAACUCCACACCCGGCGAGCGACACUCCAUGAAGAGCCUCACGCCGCCAUCCACGCAGUCCUCGAUCAAGGACCGCGAGAGAGGCUCGGCGGCCGCGGAGAACGAGCGCAAGUGGUGCUUCUUCGUCGUGACAUUCUUCGUCGCCCUCACGGUCUGCGUGGUGAUCCUGAGUCUCCUGGUUGAGGUGUUUCUGGGCCAGAGAACUGACAGAUCGUCGCAGGCGCUCAGGAUCGACAUUGUGAGGCGACUCUUGGAGGAAACGCCGCUAAUUGAUGGCCACAAUGAUUUACCGUGGAAUAUUAAGCGCUACUCGCACAAUAGAUUGGAGUACUUGAAUUUCACCGAAGGCGUGCGGAGCACCGAGCCGUGGAGCAACUCUCAGUGGAGCCACACUGACAUCCCUCGCCUCAGACAGGGGCUCAUCGGGGCGCAAUUCUGGUCCGCCUACGUUCCGUGCGAGGCUCAGGGUCUGGACGCCGUGCAGCUGGCGCUGGAGCAGAUUGAUGUCAUCCAGCGCUUCACUGAGCUCUAUGACAAGCACACCGCCUUGGCCCAAUCCUCGCAGGACAUCAUCACGAUGCACCGACGUGGACUGUUCGCGUCGCUGAUCGGCGUUGAGGGUGGCCACGCUCUGGGCUCCUCUCUGGGCGUCCUGCGCUCCCUGUACGAUCUGGGCGUGCGAUAUCUCACCCUCACGCACACCUGCGACAACACCUGGGCAGGAGCAGCGCCCUCCAAUGACCGCGGACUCACGGCGUUCGGGCGCGCCGUCGUCAAGGAGAUGAACAGAAUCGGGGUGAUUAUCGACUUGUCUCACUCCUCAGACGCCACUGCCAAGGACGUCCUGGAAGCCACCAGGGCGCCCGUGAUGUUCUCCCACUCGGCCGCCAGGGCGCUCUGCAAUGCCACAGGAAAUAUCGGCGAUGACAUCCUGCGACUUGUGGCGGACAACGGAGGGAUUGUCAUGGUGAGCUUCUACGCUCUGCACGUGGCUUGCUCCCGGCAGGCAACUGUUCAGGACGUGAUUCAGCACAUCCGCCACAUCCGGGCAGUGGCGGGAAUCCAACACGUGGGAAUUGGAGCUGGCUUUGACGGGAUUGACGCCACACCGAUGGGCCUCGAGGACGUCUCGAAGUAUCCUGAGCUCUUUGCCAGCCUCCUCGAGGAUUCCGGCUGGACGGAGAAUGACAUUGGCCUGCUGGCGGGCAAGAACUUCCUGCGCGUCUUCAAGUCGGUGGAGAAUGUGCGAGACUACUGGAAGAGCGCCAAUAUUCUUCCCAAUGAGAAUGUGGAGCCGCCUAAGAAGUCUCCAUGCGCCUAUAUGCCACUCUAGCGCUCAGCCCAGACGCAGUCGGUGACUGUGUGAAUCCUAAUCUCUCCAGGAGAGUGGCAAGGAAGUAAAAGUAUCAAAACGGUGUUUAGAAUAUAGAGAUUGUGCGGUUCUAUUCAAGCUCUCUGUCUCUCUCUCCAAGGUUUCAUGUGAAAAUCUUGUCCUUCUGACUAAAAAUAAGAUUAUAUUGGAAAAUGCCUCUGAAUAGACAAUUUUCCAACCCAAAGUCACCUUCUGAGCGAGAAUAGAACCCGAAACUGCGUGUGAAAGUGAGUAUCUUCACCACCCUGAUCCUCCAUCCUGAUGGAUAAGUCCCUUUCCAACAGGUAAAUUCCUAUGGAAGAUGAUGCAAAACAGAAACUGAAUAUAAAGUGUGAUAAUCAUCAAUCAAGUGAGAUGUGGGAAAAAAAAGGGAGCCACAUGAGAUGUAAUAUGGAAUUAAGAUACUGUAUGAGUGUUUGAAUAAAUGUGUUAAUUUUCUG